AUGGAUCGUCGCCCCAGGCUUCAACACCUGCAGCUGCGCCUCAAGGAGGUCCUCGACGAGCUCGAGAAGGAGGGAGCAAGGGCAGACGAGUGCCCGCAGGAACUCCUGCUGGAGUUACGGCGCGCGCCAGUGGUCGAACGGUCGCUCUCACAGCUCCCUCAGACUCCCGCGCCCUCUUCCUCACCGGCACGUUCAAUGUCGGGCUCCGACCGAUUCGAACGUCGCCUGAGACCUCCGACGCUUCGACUGAGCUCAGAAAACACCGGACAGAUUGAGCAAUACACGCCGUCCGCUUCAUCUUCGAGCUCAUCCGUCGCGCGCUCGACCGAACAAACCGCCGAGGGUGUGCGAGGUGACGGCUUCUCGAUUGCGGGGCCAUUGCAGGAGGAUGACACGUUGGAGCUGGGCGACGGAGCGCACGGUUUGGUGUCGACAGCGCCGACUGUCGGCGCUCUUCCAGCACCGUCAUUCCCGUCCGCAACAAUCCCCUCCUCACCAUCCGCCUCCUCACCACCCGCCGCAAGCUUCACCCUCCCGACCCCGCCCGCUUCCUUCGCCGACAGCAAUAUUCCGAUUCACGAACCCGUUCCCGCUUCCCCUCCUCCCUUCUUCCACUCCGAAAACGCCCUUCCGCAACCGCAGUCGCCCGUCCUCGACUUACCGAGUGUUCAGUCGAUCGUCGCGGACUCGGUCGAGGCGAACGCGGCGCCCGCCUCACAGUCCGACUUUGCGCCAGCCAUUGCGGACCGGCGCGAACGUUCCGAGUCGCCGCUUUGCGCUGACUCGCCUGAGACGCCCGCUGCUCCGGGCGCCGACGGCACCGGACUCUCCGCUGGUCGACUUCGCGAGAAGCUUGACGACGCUCGCGACUUGGACCGUGUGUCCAACGCGAGUACCUCCGAUGGUGAGGAGGACGGCGACUACGUCCCGCCACAAGGCGCGCAGGAUGAUGGCGAUGAUGACGAUGAUACCGAGAUGGGAGAGUGGGAUGAGGAAGAUGAGGAAGAUGAGGGAAAGGACCAGGAGGACGAGGUGUUUUCGUUGGUGGAGGAGGAAGAGCCACCGAGGAAGCGGCGGAAGAAGACCGCGACCGUUCGAGCACUCAACCCGCGGGACGGCAUCCUCGCGGCCAAUACACCCCUAGCGGUCUUUUCAAACCAGCUAUUCGCACUCGCUCGGCCUGCAGUCCAGCGAGACAUAGGCGAGAUUGUGCGAUACUUGCGGGGUGAAGCCUCGACUCGUUCGGAUCCCUCGUCUCCCCUUCCUUCCCCUCCUCGCGCCGAGGUGCCCACGCAGUCGGCAUCCGAUUCUCUCCUCGGUGUCGCGCGCCAUAUCCAACAGCUCUCUUCUACCUCGGCACUGGCCAACUUCCGGCGGAUCGUCGCGACCAUCGAAGCAGCCGUUCUGCUCGCCAAGCACAAGGGCUCUCUUGUUGGCGGGAAUGAGCGGUCGGAUACGAGUGUGCUGGAGGAAUUGGUGGAAGGUGUCGAGGUCGAUGCUGCAUCGCUGUACAAGGCGGUCGGCGAGGGGAGAACAUGGGCUCGAUGGCUGGUAUAUGGUGGUGUUCCCCUCGUCAUCGUCCUUUCCGUCCUCGUUCGCCUCCCCACCCUCGUCUCUCCCGCCUCAAUCUCAUUCCUCGACUUGGUAACCCUCCGAACCAAGAACGGACUUCUCCUAGACGAAUUCAUACCCGAAGAGCAUCCCUAUUCCUUCGCGUCGGUCGCCUUCUCAGACUACCUCCGCCCGACACUCGCGACGAUCGCCUCCUAUAGCGACCUCGUGAUCGACUUCCUGGGCGAGAGGAGGGUUGUUACGGCUUGGGAGCGGAAGUCGCAGAGAGCGCCGUUCGAGCGAUUCCAGGUCCAGCGCGGCUCGCUCUCCGACGACAUCCGCAAAUCUGUCGCACACGCACUUCUAGCUCGGCCGCAGCCGAUCAUGAAGACGCUCGGUGUCUUUAACGACCCAAUACCGCGACCUGAACCGUACGAGACGACUGCCUGUCCCUUGACACCUCCCCUUCGACCCGCACCCGACCGCACACUCCGCAUCUUCGCCGGCGUACCAUCGGUCCUCGCGCAGACCAUCGAGGGUCUCGCUAUCCCGAAUGCCUCGUCGGUCGCCUCUGCAACCUUCGCCCAUCACAUCGCCUCCCUCUCCUCGCUCCCUCGCGCCACCCUCGACGUGUCGCAUCCGCUCGACUUGACGCCCGCUCGGCUCGGUAUCCAGAAUCCGUCGCAACCGCGCAGAGACUGGGACACGAACCGCCCGGGGCGGUUCUUCCUGCCCGGCGAGGAGGACGUGACGGAGCGUGUUGGUUACGAAAAGGUCGGUCGUCGAGCACGGGCAAAGAUGGAGGAUGAGGUGUCCGGGAGUAAGGGUUUGACGAAGCGAGGACUCUUGCGGAGGAUGGAGAAGAUGGCAGGAGGUGGCGAGAAGCUGGUCGAGGGGCUUUCUCGUGCCGUCGAGGGCGCCAAGAAGAUCGAGUCGCUGAAGGAACUCGAGCAGAUGAAGAAGGAGGGCUUCACGUUGGGCAAGGAGUUUGUUCGUCUCGCUGUCUCCGAUGCCGUGGUCGAGAUCAUGCCGCCACCGCCUGCAUCACUACCCUCCAACCCUGCACCAACCGUCCCCCUCGCAACCCUCCUCCCGCCUUCCACGAUCCCUUUGCCCCUUUCCGAAGCUUACAUUUCUGCCCAGCGACUCAUCUUCCCCGACGACUUGAUGCACAACAUCGGCGUCAUCUGCAAGAACGACGAGUGCACAACAUGUGCUACGGCUCGCGAACGCACGGAACCGCCCGCCGAAGACGCUCCCGUCGUCCUGCCCAAACUCGCUCGCCAUCAGCCGGACGAUUCCCUCGACGAGGUCCUCGGAGUGGAUAGGCGGUUCGUCGAGGUUGUCGCGAGGGUCACGGGCUCGAGCCAGCUGAGGAAGCAGAAGAGGGCGCGGGCAACGGGUGAGAGUGUCGUGCAGGCUUGGGGAGAUGGAGCCGCCGUGAUCCGACUCGCGCCAUCAUUCAGGACAGCGUCGUUCGUGAUGUGGGACCAAGUGACGUGGAGCGGUGCCAAGUUCGGAGAACGGUGGACGGGGGAGGAGGACGAGGCGACAGGUUUGCGGGUGAUGGGCGGAAGCGGGACUGGGAACGGGGCCGUAUGGCGCGACUCGACCUUGACCAAGACUCUAGGUUACAUAUUCGACGCGUACGGAGAGAGGGUCUCGCCCUUCUUCCAGUUCCAGCGUGACCUACUCCGCGCAAUCCACCCGCAUGCCUUCGUCCAGCUCGACGCAGGACUGGCCGGCCACGACGGGGACGGGGACGGUAACCCCUUCUGGCCAUGGCCUUGGGCAGGCGGACACCCCUCGACAGCGCGCGCCUCCGCCAUGAUGCGCGCCCACUUGGACGGAGACCGGGAUGGUCUGCCUGCCGCCCUCGCCCAUUUCGGGAACUACGAGGGCGGCGAGCUCACCUUUCCUGAGCUCCUGGCGGCGUCGGGCGGCGGUGGCGGCAGCAUGGAGUUCAUUCGUCCCUCGGACAUCCUCCAUGCUGUCGCCAAGGUGAAGAGCGGAGUGCGCUGGACCUCCGACUCUGCGCAAAACGCCUGCUAUGGGAGGUGA